AUGAUUGAAAUCGAGCCAGACCAAGUUUUUGAACAAACCCAGACCAAAAUUUUCACUGAACAAAAUAGCCAGAAGGUAUCCUUUGUUGAGCCAGUUGGAGUUGCUCUAAGCUCAUCUUCCUUGGUAAGCCAGUUGGAGUUGAGCCAGAAGCCGGAUGGAGCCAAAUUUUUUGGAUUUGCUCAGCAAAAUAGCCAGAAGGUAUCCUUUGUUGAGCCAGUUGGAGUUGCUCUAAGCUCAUCUUCCUUGCAAAAUAGCCAGAAGGUAUCCUUUGUUGAGCCAGUUGGAGUUGCUCUAAGCUCAUCUUCCUUGAUUCAGAAGAGAUGCCUCCCAAGAAAGACACUCCAAGACAAGCUAAGAAGAAGAGCGAUUCUGAGCAUCCUCCUCACCAGUUUCGUUGUAUGA